CCCCAAAUUAUCUCUACUUUUAAUAAUAAAUAAUGAAUAUUUCUUUUAACAAACGCAACGUCAUUGGAGAAAGGAGAAAAGCUGGGUUUUGUUUUUUUUUACUUGAAAAAAAAAAAUAGGCUUUAGCUUUGUUCCUAGUUCUUUUUUCUGUAAAUAAAUUAUGGCAGGACUGGAGUCGAUACCUGAAAAGCUCAUUGUAGCUUUUGUCGUUAUUUUAAUCUCGUUUUUACAACUCACAACAAAUUUCUAUGUGCUGGGACCAGCAUUAGGUGGAUGGACAACUUUAUUUGCCCAAAAGCUUUUAGCUCCCAUGAACAUUCUCUUGAUUUCACUCUAUGUUAAUUAUUACCUUGCUUGCACAACCGAUCCUGGCACCAUACCCGAAGGAUGGGAACCACCUUCAUCCGUCCUGGAUCCCGAUGAAUCUGUGCCUAUUCAAGUAGGCAUCACCGGGCCUCGAUUCUGUAAGCAAUGCAACUGCUAUAAACCACCACGAUCGCAUCAUUGUAAGCAAUGCCGUAAAUGCAUAUUACGCAUGGACCACCAUUGUCCUUGGCUUGGUAAUUGUAUUGGUUUCGGUAACUAUAGUUAUUUCGUUCGAUUUGUCUUUUCCGUCAUGACUUGUUGUUCCUAUGGUGGUUAUCUUUUAUUAUGGAGAUUACAGCGGAUUCUCGAUAUGCGAAAAAGUGUUUGGUAUGCAUCCCAAGUUUCAACUGCAGAAUUGAUGGUGAUUGCAAUCGAUCUUACCUUAAUUGUGAUUGUCCUUAUUCUUGUAGGUGUAUUAGCUGUGUACCAUACAUAUUGCCUAUUAAAGGGACAAACAACAAUUGAAGGAUGGGAAAGAACAAAGACGACACGAUUAGUCAAUCGACGUAAAAUAGAUCCAGUGGAAUUUCCUUUUGAUGUGGGAUUCUAUCACAAUAUAUGUUCAGUGUUAGGCUAUAAUCCAUUACUCUGGUGCUUCCCAUUCCCUUCACCAGGCGAUGGAUUAAAGUAUCGGGUAAAGCCAAAUACUGAUCCCUUACUGCCGUACAGCUGGCCGCCACGGGAUCCCAAGGAUUUGGGACCCUCUAUUAUAGAACGGGUAGAACAGGAACAUAAAUGGGAUGGCCCAAAAUUAGUACGCCGUGAUUCUGAAGGUUACCUUGUGAAAGAGAUUACGAUGGAAGAUAGAAUGAAGAUGCUCUAUGCAGAAAACUUAGAAGAAGAGCAAACUGUAAUGGAGUUGAAUCCAGAAGAAUACUAUUACGACUCCAAUACCAGUGAUAUAACUGAUUACGAAUUGAGUGACCGUGAUGAAUGGCAGGAUGAAGACUAGAUUUAAUUAAAUAAACCCCUUGAUGUCAAAAAAACAAGAGGUUAUUAAUAGAUUAUUAUUAUUUUUUGUAUACAUGCACGUAAUUGUUUGUUUUUGUUUGCAUAUAUUAGUGAUACGUUCUCGAUGGGAUCAUCCUGUAAUUGUUGAAAAAAUAGCACAUUUCAGAUUGAUUAAAUGUAAUAGAUUAAUCUAUUUGAUUAUCUCUCUUGUCAUACAAUGAAAUCGAGUUUUUUCUUUAUUAUUAUUUUGUAUCGUAUUUUCUCCUUUUGCAUACAUG